AUGGAAGAUCAUCAAGAAUUCGAGAAACCCAUCUUCGAAUUACACAACGGGAAGGUUCGAAGCUCUCGAAAGAAGAAGAAUCGUUUAGGAGAGUCGAUGAAUCAUCAUUACGAAGAGAUCUUUUGCUACUAUGGAUUGAGGGAAAGCUCGAAGAAGAGAACAACCCAGAAAUCUCUGCGGGUUAAGAAGAAGCGUCUGGUUCGUUGCGGAGAGUGCGGUAAAGGGUUUCGAUAUGAGAAGUGCCUGAGGAAUCAUAGCGAAACUAUGCAUCCGUUGAAAGAGAAGAAGAAGAAGAGCGAAUCUAUGAGAAGGGAUCUGUUGUGUUUCUUAAGGAGUGGUGGUGUGCGGAGGAGAAAGAGGUCGAAAAGAGUUUCCAGGUACAAGAAGAGUCUUCCUCCACUCUCUGUUUCGUCUUCUUCUUCUUCUUCUUCUUCUUCUUCUUCUGCGUUUGGGAAUGAUGGAGAACUGUUGGAAGUCGCUGAGUCUCUGAUUAUGUUGUCUAAGAGUGCUGAUGCUCUGUUUUCGAAUCUAGAGUUGAAUGAGAGAGAAUGUGAAGAUGGGUUUUUGGGUAAUGAGCAAAAGCUAGUUGGGUCUUUGAGUAAUGAGCUUAAACUUGUGGGGAUUAGAACUGAUUCUAAUGGAACAUCGAAAGAGCUUUUGGGUUUCUUGGGAGACAAGAAGGUUAUGAAAGAAGAUGAGGUAGGAGCAGAGAGUUUUGGGGAAGAAGUUAGGUUGGAGAGAGUGAGCUUGGACGAUAAGAAAGCUGAAACGGAUACAGAGCAGAAACUUGGGGGUCAAGAAGCUGUGUUUGAAGUUUCAAAUUCAGCAAGUAAGGGUUUUCAGAUGAACAAUGAGCAUAGGUGCAGGCUCUGUGAGAGGGUUUUCACGACGUAUCAAGCUCUCGGUGGUCAUCAAACGUUUCAUAGAAUGAAGAACAAUUCUGAAAAGUCAAAGCAUGAGAUGCAGAGAAGAGUCAGUAGAAGCUGAAGUUGAGAGUGGCUCAGUGA